AUUUCGUAUAACCUAAGAUCCUUUGUUGCUCUCUCUUGCACACGCCGGCGAAGCCCGCCGCCAUGGCCGCGCAGCUCCGCCUCUCGGCGCUUCCCAAACUCGCCUCCUCCCACCUCGCCGAAUUCAGCCAUCUCCCCACUGGACUCCCGCACCCCGCCUCCAUCCCCCUCCGUCCCUCCGCCACCACGGCCGCCUCCCUCUCCCUCUCCCUCUCCCCCCGAUCCUCCAACCCUAACCUCUCUCAAAGCCUUACCUCCCCGGAUCUCGCUGUCGGCGGCUCCGGCAAUAUACCUCCAGGCGGCUACGGCGGCGGCGGCGGUGGAGGAUGGGGCUCCGACGGUGCUCCCGGCGAUCACCACCACGGGGAGGACCCCUCCUCCGAUAGCAGCGCCGGCGGCCCCCUUGGGCUCUUUCUCGAAGGGUGGCGAUCUAGGGUUUCCGCUGACUCCCAGUUCCCAUUCAAGGUCCUGAUGGAGGAGCUCGUCGGUGUCACUGCCUGUGUCCUUGGCGACAUGGCCUCCCGCCCCAACUUCGGCCUCAACGAGCUCGACUUCGUCUUCUCAACCAUCGUCGUCGGAUCCAUAGUCAACUUCGUCCUUAUGUACCUCCUCGCCCCCACCGCCGCCACCGCCGCCGCCACCCGCUCCGCCCUCCCCAGCCACAUGUUCGAGCCCGGCGCCUACUCGCUUCUCUCUCGUCUCGGCACCUUCGUCUACAAAGGCGUCACCUUUGCCGCCGUUGGGUUCGCGGCGGGGCUGGCGGGGACGGCGAUCUCGAAUGGAUUGAUCGCACUGAGGAAGAAGAUGGACCCGGCGUUCCAGACGCCGAACAAACCGCCGCCGACGGUGCUGAACGCGUUGACGUGGGCGCUGCAUAUGGGAGUAAGCAGCAAUUUCAGGUACCAGACGCUGAAUGGGUUGGAGUUUGUGAUAGAGAAGGCGCUGCCACCGGCCGGGUUCAAGACGUCAGUGGUAGUUCUGAGGAGCUUGAACAAUGUGCUUGGUGGGAUGUCGUUCGUCCUUCUCGCGAGGCUGACGGGGUCUCAGAAGUUGGAGGGCGGGGAGGAGGAGAAGGUUGAGUUGAAGGAGAGGUUGGUGGAUGAUGGGGUGGCGGCAGAUGGUGGAGAUGGGGAGGUGCAGAGUAGUGAGCCGCAACCUAAGUAAGUGAUUUCAAGCUCCUCUUUUUAGUUUUAUGGUAAAAUGGGGAAAAUUCUGUGAAAGAAUGAUUUUUAGGCAGGAGUAAGAGGGUCAUGUAAACUGGUUUUCUUAUUGAAGGAAUGGUUUAAGUUACGUGUGUCAGGUUUUGGCUGGUUUCAUGAAUAAUGAGUUUGGGAGAUUCCAACCUUCCCCCCUUAGUUUCGUCUUUAUAGAGUUUUGUACGAAUUGAAUUUGGUCCUUUUUAAUUAUAUUGAUAGAGACCCAUUUUGGUUUAAUUUUCAUAUAUCUGCAGUUUAGAUUUUUAUAU